GCGCGCUCCUCUCGCGACCCCGCUGAGCGCGUUAUCAGUCCAGGGGAGCGGCACACGUGCGGCCGGGAUGGAGGCGGAGGUCGUGGACUUCCGGGUUCCCGUGGAGAGCAAUAAGACGGUGCUGGUGUGGGACAUCCCGCCGACCCACGGCGAGGCGCACAUCCACGCCCAGCUGCAUGCUGUCUUCUCGUCCUUCGGUCCUGUGUACCUGUUGAAGGUGAGCCCUAACGCUCCGCUCCACCCUCCUGGUUUUUACGCCCUCAUCAAGUUCUUCUCUGCGGCUCACGCCGCUGCAGCUCAGCGCAUCACAGACGGACGCCCGCUGCUUGACGACUCGCCGCUGAAGACACAAUAA